AUGCUUUCACUCCCGACAUGGUAUCGUUCCCCGAUGUGCCAGGUUGUCCUCGUCGGCAUAACCUGUUUCUGUACCACGGGCAUGUACAGUGCGCUCUCAAACCUCGGGGCCGGAGGAACGCAAGAUAUCACACUCUCGGAUGAGGCCAACGGUGUGCUGUACGGCUGUUUCGCUGUCAUGGGCCUCUUCGCUGGAGGGGUCACCAAUCUACUCGGAAUCAGGAUCACCAUCUUCCUCGGUACACUAGGAUACACGCUAUAUGCGGGAUCGCUCUGGUGCUUCCAGACCCAGGGUACUCGCUGGUUUGUCGUCUUCGCAGGUGCCAUACUAGGAAUCUCCGCCGCACUACUAUGGUCGGCGCAGGGCGCGGUCAUGAUGUCGUACCCGCUCGAAAAGGACAAGGGGAAAGCAUUCGGAGUCUUCUGGGCAAUCUUCUCAUUCGGCUCGUUCAUCGGCUCAGUCAUAGCGCUCGCCAUUAACAUCCGGAGCGGCAGCCUGUCCUCCGUAUCGACUGGGACAUAUGUCGCAUUCGUCAUCAUCAUGCUUAUUGGCUCAGCGUCUACGAUGCUCCUCCUUCCGCCGGCGUCCAUCAUCCGUCCAGACGGCUCCUUGGUCAAGGUCCAGGAAGCGACCUCGCCUCGCGAUGAGAUUCGCUCAUUCUUGAUACUGUUCAAAGAUUGGCGCAUGCUCGCGCUUACCCCAAUGUUCUUCGCGUCGAACUACUUCUACGCGUAUCAAGGCGCCAUCAAUACCUUCUACUUUGACGGCCCGACGCGCGCGGUGAAUGCCACCCUCGAGGGAGCAGGGGCCAUUGUUGGGGCCCUCAUCAUCGGCAUCGUUGUACUCGACGCGCCGCGCUUCAAGCGACGCACCAGAGGGUGGCUUGGGUUGGCAUUCGUCACUGUCGCCGUCAUCACUGUAUGGUCGUGUGCUCUCGCUUGGCAAGUCAAGUUCACGCGUGCCAGCAACGUUGGGAAGAUGUCGUACCACGACGCCGGCUACGCACCUAAAGGCACACUUUUCUUUUUCUUUUACUUCGGGGAUGCAGCGUACCAGGCGCUCGCGUACUGGAUUAUGGGCGCGAUCACGAAUGAUCCUUUCAAGCUUGCGCGUUAUGCCGGGUUUUACAAGGCCAUUCAAUCUGCGGGUGGCGCGGGCUCAUAUGGCAUGGACGCAGUGUCGACGCCAUUUCUGAAUGAGCAUCUCGCGAGCUGGAUUUUGAUGCUAGUUUCAUUGCCGCUAGCAGGUCUUGUCAUCUGGCAUGUCCAUGACACAUCAUACCAGGACGAGAAGACAGUGUUCGUUGACGAGGUCAAGGACGAGAAGGUCGAAGAGGGUUCUGUGGGUGUAGACGAAAAAGAGAAAGGAGAGAAAGAGUCACCGACCGAGUACAUCUCGUGA